CCCAACCCCUCCCCUCUCAACAAAAAAAAAAAAAAAAAAAAACCUCUGCUGCUCUGCCCCCAAAAUUUUUCGAAUUCAAACCCGAAACUCUUCCAUUCUGUGCCUGUCUACGUUCAAAGAUUUGAAAUGGGUUUUGGAAUUCGAUACUGUUUUGGGUUGGAUGGGAUUAGAUAUUGAGAGUGAAACCCAGAUUCUAUAUUGAGUCUUCGUUUUUUUUCUAUUGAUUGACCAAAACUUGUCUCUGGGUAGUAGUAUUGAUUUUGCUCUCUCUUUCGAAUUUCCACUGUUUGGUUCAUCAUCUCGACUUCUGUUGAAUCUGCUUUGGUUUUGGAGAAAGUGAGCAGACGAAAAUUAAGCAUGGCCACAGCAAAAAGGAGUGGUGAAUCAAACAUUGAAACUCGGAUGGAAACAAGUCGAGAUUGUGACCUUGACAAGGGCAAGGAACGUGAUUUUUUUUUGGAGAGUUGUCAGUGGAAGCCGGUUUUUGACGAAGCUUCAAUGUCACAUAGACCUCUUAAGAAGAUCAAGAGCCCUGAACGUAGUCAUCAGCACCAAUCCUCUGCUUUUCCCCCUGAAUUUCAUAUCCCAUCUUCUCCUCCUCGUAGUUCAUCAGAUACAUCAUCAAUCACUUCUUGUUGUCCUUCUUCUUCCAGAAUAGUCUUUCCUUUUGCUUUUGAUGGGUCCCUGCCUCAGCAGCAGCAGCAACCUAUACAAUUUCCCCACCAAUUCCAGACCACAGGUCUGCAGCCUAUACAAUUUCCGCCAAGUACACAUGUUGUAGAGCAUCAGCAUCAGCAGCAGCAACAACAAAAUCAGCAGCAGAUGAUAUCGUUCGCAUCGCAGCAGCAACAAAUGAUAUCUUGGCGGCAGCAGCAGCAGCAGCAGCAACAGCAAAUGCUUCAGUAUUGGAGUGAUGCUUUGAAUUUGAGUCCAAGAGGAAGGAUGAUGAUGAUGAACAGGUUUGGAGGAGCUAAUAGUAGUGGUGGUAUUAGGCCAGCGGCGAUGCCUGUAAGUACUAGUAAGCUUUACAGGGGAGUAAGGCAAAGGCAUUGGGGCAAAUGGGUAGCUGAAAUUCGUCUUCCUCGAAACAGGACUCGCCUCUGGCUGGGCACCUUCGACACCGCUGAAGAUGCUGCCAUGGCUUAUGACCGUGAGGCUUUCAAGUUGAGAGGAGAGAAUGCUAGGCUUAAUUUCCCUGAGCUUUUCCUCAACAAAGACAAAGAUAAUAAUAAUGCUGCAGCUGUUUCCACAGCUCCAAGUUCAACCGAAACUGCUUCUGUGCCGACUCAACAAGUUUCAAAGCCAUCCAGGCACCAGGGUAAGCCGCAACUGAAAAACCUUGAUUUACAAUUACAGGUCCCAAUUUCAGAUAGGGAAACAAUUGCACCUCCACCAGCGCCAUAUUCACAUCCCCAGGAAGACGAUGACACUGGUGAAAGUGAUUUGGCCAAUGCCAGCCAGCAAUCUGAGGUUGAAAAUCAUGGCGAAGGAGGAGGGAUCAUUUCAGAUGCCCCAACACAGGAAAUGGCUUGGGGAGAAAUGGCAGAGGCUUGGAUGAAUGCAAUUCCACAAGGUUGGGGUCCUGGUAGUCCUGUCUGGGAUGAUUUAGAGUUGGACAUGACUUCCAACAAUCUUGUGCUGCAAUCUCAUGAUUAUCACCAUUUUACGGCCAAUAAUCCGAGCCGGCAUGAACUUCCUCAGCAGGAAGACAACUCUUGUUCUGCUUCAUCUUCAUAUCCCAUGCAGCCCUUCUUUUGGAAAGAUCAAGAUUGAAUUCAAACAACUGAUUCCCUUCUCUUCUCCCUUCCACUUCACAACACCAAACGACCUACUUGGGUUCUUCCCUUCACUUGUCACACCCUCACACGUAUGUCUUUUUCAUAUCUUCUAAUCACUACAAUUAGCCCACCUCUUAUUUCUCCUCCUACUCGAUCUAGUCCUUUUCAUUUCAAAUUCACAAACCACCUAUAUAUGAUCCUUCCCUUUGCAACCUUGUCAAUUUUUAGUACAAGUUACAAGGGAUGUUCUGACUUUCAAUUUCCACCUGCAUGUACACUAUUCUUCCUUCGUAGAGUAGAAGAAGCCGGAUACUGCUCAAAGGCUGCCUUUUUUUGCAGGCCUCUCAGCAAUGGCAAUCAGUAGGUUCAUGUGUGUUAUUAUUAGUAUAUUAGUCUUCAGAGUCAGAAUAUCUAGUUAGACUUGGGCAGACUCAUUUCAGUAUUCUGUAUCUAGUGUUGAACCCAUGCCGAGCUUGGAGACGGUUUUGUGAUCUCCUUCCAGUCGGUCUGGUUCUUCGUCCAUCGCCAGCUUCAUUUUUUAGCUCAGGGGAUGGAUUGGAAUCCAUUUAUAGUUAGAUUUUCUGCAUUUCGCAUUUAUAUCGUUAUGGUUAUGUUGCUUACUGUACUUAUGCCUGCUAUGACGUCUAUCACUUGUACUAAAAUUUCACUGUAUUUCAAUCAUCAUCGUAGUGAUCCUUCAAUUUCUAGUUUCUAA